CAACAAUAAUUUUAACUUUUUAUUCGCCUGAGGGGUUUGAGGAAGUGUGUGAUAGUUUUUGCCAAAAUGAAGAUUCCGGACGUACAGUUGUUUAUCCAGGCCUUGUUGUAUUUGACCAUCGUCUUUACAGGCUUCACUACUGCUAUUUCGGUGGGCCUGACAACGAUGAAUUUUGAUGGGAACUGCAUAUUGUACAGUGAUGUUAAUUGGAAGAAUGCAACUUUUAGCACAUUUGAUUUUUCUGAUAAAGUCAACUGUAACUUUCCUGUAUAUUUUAAUGUGUUUGCCUGUAUAUUCUUCAGUUUAGGAAUGUUCUGUUACUUUACCUAUGCCAUCUGCCAAAAGGAUCCUAAUAUUGGAUCACAGAUGUGGGUAAUGCCGUUUGUUUUGAUCAGUGCUGCCAUGGCUAUCGUCUCGUUCAUCGUAUCCUGUAUUAUCAGUGUUGGAUUUAAAACACUUUGUGAUGGGAUAACGAGUUCACCUGGAAGAUUAACCAGUUGCUCUCAAGGCCAGCGUAUGAAUUGGAACGCCCAGAGGAAUACAGAUUAUAAUGGUUCACAUUACUACGCAUAUUUUACAGUGGCUCAGACAGCAUCCUGGAUUGGUUUCUUAGCAUGGGUAAUACAGUGUGCUUUGGGUAUCGUUAGAUUCGUUCGUAACAGAAGAUUGCGAUCACAGGCGUAUGAUAACUCGGUUAAUGCCGAUACUGCGAAAAUAGGUGAUGUGGAGCCAACAGCAUAAAGUUAUUUAUUAUUGUCAUCAACUUAGAAUCAAGUUUCUCUGUAAAAUAGGUUUUUAUUAUUGUCAUCAACUUAGAAUCAAGUUUCUCUGUAAAAUAGGUUUUUAUUAUUGUCAUCAGCUUAGAAAAAUAAAGUAAAGAAAUUGUUUACAGAAAGUUUUUUCUGAUUGUCAACAACUUAGAAUUAGAAUUUAGAAUCCAAGAAACUGUUUAUAGGUUAUUUGAGGUUAUCUAAAACAGAGAGAUAAGGGAGGUAACCAUGAUGAUUUAUUUACUUGUCGGGUUCUAUAAACAAUUUCUGUAAGAUUUAGGCCAGUAACAAUUUCUUCAUACACAAACAGUACUUAAUAUCAAUCGUUCUAUAUCAUUUUUCAUGACGUUAAAACCAGUUUAAGGUUCAGUAUAUUUGAUUACUUCUUAUUGACCUAUUGACCUUUGUUGAUCUGUUUUGACCAAUAUGUAGUUUAAUAUGCUGUGUUUACAGUAAGCUAUGAUAUUAAGUAAUAAACGAAGGAUUGUGUUAGAGAGAGUUACAUGUAACAGAGAUUAAAUUAAGAUAUAUUAGUGUAAUUUAAAAUAGGUUAAUUACAGCAAAGACUCAUUGCUGCUAUUGAACUCGUCUUUACCUGCUGCUCGUUAUUGACAAGUGACUUGUCUUUCAGUGUUAAAUUUACUCAAUUUACAGUAUUUACAGUUAUAUAACGAUCAGCAGCAGGCAUUAGAUAUAUGAAUAUAAUAAAAUUAUACACUGUACAGUAUUUAAAGUUAUAUAACCAUCAGCAGUAGUCAUUAGAUAUAUGAAUAUAAUAAUAUUAUACACUGUACAGUAUUUACAGUUAUAUAACGAUCAGCAGAAGUCAAUAGAUAUAUGAAUAUAAUAAUAUUAUACACUGUACAGUAUUUACAGUUAUAUAAACAUCAGCAGAAGUCAUUAGAUAUAUGAAUAUAAUAAUAUUAUACACUGUACAGUAUUUCUCAUAUCAUCAUAUACUUAUCCAAAUAUAUAUUUUUAAAUUUAUUUUACAAUAUAUUUUAUAAUCAAAGUAUUUUUCACUUUAUAAUAAUAUUGCUUUCAUAUAUAUUUUUAAUUUUUUCAAUCAAAUGUUUAUUAUUACGAUAUAGAAUGCCUUAUAUUAUUAAUGAUCAAUUAUUCCUGUAAAAAGGGCUACCACACACCAGAGUCAUAAUAAAGGAGAUGGCUGAUUCAGUCCAGAACGUCUCGAAUUUACGCAGAAUUCAGUCCUAGUGUGAGUAGAAUCGUGACUUUAUUAAACACAACGAUAUGCCUGAGAUGUCAUGGUGGGUUGAUAUAUUUUCCUAUGCAGUCGAUGCAUGUUGGAAACCCCUUCUUUUACUCCACUGUCACUAUUUUAGGGGAUUUAGAGAAUUCUUUACCGGAACAUUCAGUCGAGUAUCCCCAUAUUGAGAAAGUCUGGUGAAAUUGUGAUUUGGUAACAACAUGGCUUGGUUAUCUAAUGUAAAUAUAGAUAGGAUGUCAGCUGUUUCGUACUUAGUUCAACAACGUGUAGGAAAAGGUACGAAUCAAUCUGAGGUAGGAAUGAACUAAGUACGAAACAGCCUGCACCCUAUAGAUAUUUACCCUGGUCUCGUAUCUUCCACAGAACUAUCAUUCUGUUCUGAUGUUGAUAUAUCACACCUACAGAUUGACUAACAAAAUAGCGACUGGCCAGACUCUUUUUAUAUGACCCUGCGAUAGACCAACGAUUAUUUGUUGAUACUAGGCCUAUAGGAAUCAUCAACAGAUAAUCCUUGAUGUGUUCAGGCCUUUAAGCUAGUUUAUAAUAGUCAUUUUUAAUGUUAUUUAUUGUAAAAAAAAAGCCUUAGUUGUUUAUAUUCACAAUAUCUAUUUAAUAUGCCUUAAAUAUUAUUAUAUUACCCAGGGUAUUCAUUUCAAACAUAUUUUACCAAGUUGGUGAAGUGAUAGGGAACUGGCUUCACAACUAGAAUCUCCUGGAUUCAACAAAAACAUUCAGGAUUUUUCAGGUCUGGUUUUCACUCAUCCUGGGUGGCAUCGUAGUUUGCCAAGUUUGGGUUCUCGGGCUAUUGGACCGGGGAGUUUGAGAAGAGUCUGACGAAGAAAGUGUGCUUCGUUCUGAUUGGAUAAAUAAUCAAGUUAUAUAUAAGACAAUUUUUAUGGAAGCUCAUCACUGGGUUUAGUCUAAAAGCACAAAUAUUUGUGCUUGAUAAUGAUAAGACGAGGGGGUUGGAUGGCCGAUUGGUUGGCAUGUGCGCUCUGCAUCUUAAGGUCUGUCAUUGAGUCAACUGGCGUGGUUUUAAUUUCCUGGUUGUAUGUGACAAGGAGUAGGAUCGCCUGUCCAACCUCGUGGGUUUUCUUCGGGUCCUCCAGUUUCCUCCUACUAUUAAAGACCCCUACGAGCAAGUGAAUUAUUGAAAUAAAAUUGGAUCAUAUGUUAGUCCCGAAAUGACCUAGUUUGUGUCGAGUGGUCCUUAAACCUACCUCUCUCUCUCUCUCUCUCUCUCUCUCAGAGGAUAAGAGACCAUAUUCGUUGAAAGGUCAUGCUUUUAGAAUAAAACCAGUGAUUGAUAACCAAUAAAAAUGGUGUUAUGUAAAUGUGUUUCCCAAUCGCUAAAUGCCCCGUAAAGAUUAUGAAUAAUCAAGCUCCGUCUGGUUAAAGAAGAGUAGGUCGAAAUGUUGCUGUCUGGGCAAAAUCCUCCUCUAGCAUUGCAUACUUGACCACAUGUUAGUCUCAAAAUAACCAAGGUAUUGAUUGUGUUGACUGGAUUUUAAAAUGUAUUCCAUUUCAUUUUGGUUAUAAUCCGAUUUGAACAUACCUUAAAGCUCACAGGAAAAGCUGGGACGUCAUUUAAGUCCUUCUGCUCAUAUUCUAGUCUAUAUUUCUAUGAGCAGAAGGAGAAUGGCGGAAAUCGCUAACGUUGAAAUUAACGUGUGGUAGGGAACCGUGACAUUCGUUUUAUACUUAUGGAAAAGAAAUAGUGACUAAUUUUUAAAAUUUAUGAAGCUUUUACAGAGAGCUUUAAGCCCAACAUUCAAGUGAAAUGAAGCACUUCCAGUGAGCUUUAAUGUCUGCUUCAAGUGAGAGUGUUGUCAGAGACAAGCGUUUCUUAGGCAUUAGUGAGAAGCUGGUCUAGCAUUUUGUACAUAACAUUAUGUAUGUUAUAUAAAAGAUUACAUUCCAUUCCUUGUGAUAAUAAACUAUGGUAUAAUGAUAAUAAACUAUGGUAUAAUGAUAAUAAACUAUGGUAUAAUGAUAAUAAACUAUGGUAUAAUGAUAAUAUGCCAUAAAACAUAUCAUAAUCAUAAUGAUAAUUCAUUAGAUAUGUGCCCAAAAACUUACUUAAAAUCAUUAAAGAAAGAUUUUCUCUUUAAUCAAAAUAGAAUAAAAUUUAGUUUUAUACCCUGCUGUUAUGUUUUAAUGUGUUCAGUUAUUAAACAAGUUUUAUACCCUGCUGUUAUGUUUUAAUGUGUUGAGUUAUUAAACAAGUUUUAUACCCUGCUGUUAUGUUUUAAUGUAAUUUAAUAUGUGUUCAGUUAUUAAACAUGUAUUAUGUAAGAUUUAGAUAAAGAGCUGACGGUUCUUGUAAUAAUAGUUUAAAAAUAGAUAAUGAAAAAUGAAUAUAUUGAAAAUUUCAGUCAAAUCACUUUAUUCUUAGCUAACGUUAUGAGUGUUUGAUGUUUCAACAAGAAAUAGACGAUUGUCUAGUACUGUUGCCAUAGUAAUAAACAGAGUGAUGUGUAUUUUAAUGGUCUAAUCCAUGCAAUAUCUCAGCCAUCUGAAAUUUGAUUAUGGGUUUGUCUUGUGAAUAUAGACCUGCAAUAGAUAGCUUUAUCUCCUACAUAAUGGAUCUUUAAUCUGUCGCCAUGUUUUAUACUGUUGUAUGAUAUAAAAAUACGAGCACAAUCAAAGAUGGAAAGUAAUCUUUUCCUGUUGCUAUGGUAGAAUAGAUAUAAUGUAGUAUUUUGUUGCUAUGGUAGAAGACAUAAUAUUUUGUUACUCUGUUAAAAUAGACAUAAUGUAAUCUUUUCCUGUUGCUAUGGUAGAAUAGACAUAAUGUAAUCUUUUCCUGGUGCUAUGGUAGAAUAGACAUAAUGUAAUCUUUUCCUGUUGCUAUGGUAGAAUAGACAUAAAGUAAUCUUUUGUUGCUAUGGUAGAAUAGACAUAAAGUAAUAUUUGUUUGUUAUGGUAGAAAUUAAUAUACAGUAAUAUUUUGUUGCUAUGGUAGAGAUUAAUAUACAGUUGAUAUAAAAAUAUUGAACCACAUGUAGAUAUCAGUCCAAGACUGGAGUUAAAGGCAACUAUCACAGAUUUUCAGACAUUUUCAGAUGCAAUUGCUUUUGUGCCUGUCAUUUGGUUUAAGUACAACUAAAUUCAUUAUUUCCAAUGGUGAAACAAAUAGUUUUUCGAGUCAAUAUAAUUUGAUUAUGCAAUUUAAUUAAUAGUUUUGGACUAUUCAGACAUGAUCGGUUCAAUUCCACUAAUUAUAAGGUCCACAGUGUGUCGUAUUCUACUCACAUGUAGUCAAAGAUAACAAGAUGUUAUAAAGGAUUAAAAUUGUACAUAAAUAUUAAAAUCUCUCACUCAUAUAUAAAUAGUUUUACAAUGUAAUUAUAUUUUCAAAUUAAAUUUCAUUGUUAUUUAUACA